AUGACAAGUCCAGCAAUCCAAGAUGAUGCAGGCCAGCUGGUGGUUCCUUGCAUGAUCAACGGCAAACCUGUCAUCCAACCAUCCCAAGCUAGCUUUCCUGUUGUUUCUGGUCGGACACAGGAAACUCUUCACUAUGGCCAGACAUCGACAGUUGAAAUAGCUGUCAAAGCCGUAGAGUCUGCGGAUGCCACAUUCAAGGUGUACAAGAAGACUCUAGUCGAUGAGAGGCGUCAGCUUCUGCUCCGUGCUGCGGAUAUCUUUGAGAAGCGCAGUGAUGAGGCCAUGCAUCGUCAGAUGGCUGAAACCAGUUGUGAGGAGCCGUGGGCCCGUUUCAAUGUCAUAGCUACCGUUCGAGCAGUGCGUGAGGCAGCUCAUGCAGCUCGGGCUGCCCUCACAGGUGAUCUGCCGCCAUCCACGAGUGGGGUGCCUCUACUUGUUCAAAAGGAACCGGUCGGGCCUGUGCUUAUGAUCGUCCCAUGGAAUGGUGCUCUUGUUCUUGGCGCUCGUGGCAUUGCCAGUGCACUGGCUGCUGGCUGCACCGUUGUCUUCAAGGCUUCGGAGCUUUGCCCAUGGACUCACUCCUUCCUCAUUGAGACUUUUCUAGAAGCAGGAUUUCCUGCUGGCUCAGUCAAUUUCAUCAUGUCGGAUCGAACAACAGCAGCUGAAGUUACGGAAGCGGUCAUUGCUCACCCUGCACUACGCAAGAUCGAAUUCAUUGGUAGUGCACCGGUGGGCAGAGCCAUAGGCGUGACAGCAGCAAAGCACUUGAAACCUAUUAUCAUGGAGCUUGGCGACCAGAGUCCUGCUAUUGUCCUUGAAGACGCCAAUCUGGCCAAAGCAGCAACUCUGAUUGCUACGGGAGCGCAAAUGCUGCAUGGGCAAGUCUGCUUCGGCACCGAGCGAGUCAUUGUCCACUCGUCUAUCAAGGACAAGUUUUGUUCGCUGCUGGCUGACGCAUUCCGGAACAACCCCGUAUCUGGGUCAGCAAUCAGUGUUGCAUUUGCGAGUAAGGCCCAGCAGGUUGUUGACGACGCUGUGAAAAGGGGCGCCAAGAUCAUAUAUGGGGACAACAAGCUUGUUGGUGCUUCUGUGGGGCCAACCAUACUGACUGACGUCGACCCGGAGUCUCUCAUGUCGAAGAAUGAGGCAUUUGCACCCACCUUGUUCGUCGUUGCCGUAGACAGUGACGAAGAGGCCAUCACAGAAGCCAACAACCGAGAAGGCGGUCUAUCUGCAUCCAUCUUUACUAGCAACCAGGAGCGUGGGCUGCGAAUUGCGAGUGAACUAGAGUUUGGUCAAGUUCAGCUUAACCAAUCGACAUUGAACGCCGACGCUCUCGGGCCACUGGCAGGGUGGAAGGGUAGCGGCUGGGGUAGCCACGCUGGACGAUACGGCAUCGAGCUCUUCCUGCAGCACCGGGCCAUCUUCCUGUUCCCAUCUGAGGGGGCUAACCCUCAUUAA